CUAUUAAAACUGCAGAAUUAUAGAAAAAGUGCGAUUCAGCAAUGUUCCCCACUUUGACUGCUCUUUAACUGGAUCAGUUCAGACUUUCAGUACUUUUCUAGUUUGCAUAUGUUUCAUUUCUGAAGAAUAAAGGCGGCCACACCGGGAAGAUGUUGCUCUGGUUGUUAAAAUGGACAGUUUGCGUUCUCGGGCUUCUCACGACGAGCAACGCCUCACCUGACGACGCAUCGGUCGACUUCGGGGGAGAGUCCGGUUCCGGGAUGCUGCAAACAGAUGAAGUGAACAUCCUGCAAGAGCUUUCUUUUCAUAUCACAAACAGCAGUAAUGCCUCCAUGACUGUGGGUGAGAGUAAGUGUCCAGUCCUGCAGGUGGGACAGUACUCCACCUUGGCCCUCCCUCUGAGACAGAUCUUCAUCGAUGGGUUUGAAGAUGAGUUCAGUUUGCUGGUACAGUUGCGAAGUCCUCAGAGGAAAGAACGAAGUGUCUUCACUAUGCUCAGCCCCGACAAUCAUGUCAUGCUGCAGCUGCGGAUCAGUGCUCAUGCCAUCAUCUUCAUAGGAACACAGCAGAGACACUAUGAGUUCCCGGUUAGUGGUUUGUCUGAUGGAAAGUGGCACCAUGUGGCUAUCAGUGUGGCUGCCAAGCGGCUCGCACUCUAUGUGGACUGCUCUCUGCUGGAGAGUGUGGACUGGGUUUACUACGGCAUGGGGAUCAGCACCGACGGCCUGCUCAUGGUUGGAGGAAUUAUUGAGAGCUUUGAAACUCCGUUUGAAGGUCAUCUUCGACAGCUGGCCUUCCUGAUGGGAGAUCCAGAUGCUGCCCAGCAGCACUGUAGCCACCACCCACCCCUCUGCAGUAUCACUGCCCCCAAGCCUCCCCGCUUACCACGCACCAACAACCCGCUGCAGAAUAUACUGUUGUCCUCAAAUGACCUGGAGAACCUGCUGGGGGAUCCAAAGGACAAGUCUUUUUUGAGCUUUGACCGAACUAAUGCGUUCCUGCGACGAGAAAGUUCACGAGGCGAUGGGACGGUCCCUUCUAGACCCAAUCGGAAAGGUUCAGUAGGUCGUGGGGGUGUCCUUUUGGUGGAUGAGGACACUGACUUGUUGGAUACGAUCUUCCAAAAUGGCAGACAAGUGAACCCACGGUUAAAACCUUCCAGAAAUGGACCUAAGGGAAGCCAGAAAGGGAAACCUGAACUAUCAUCUAAAAAUAUGGAGGAAAACAUUACCACAGAGAAGAAGAAAGAUUCUAAUGGGAGGACUUCAUCACUGUUUCCUGGAAAACCUUCAGAUGAUAUAAUAGACCUGGACAUUGGAGGUUCUCCUAAGAAGCCCUCGCUAGGUUUUCCUGCACCUCCUAAGAUUCCUUCAGAUCCCAGAUCCCCCACAGAUUCCAGCAAAGAGACCAUGACUAUUUCACCUUUACCUGAUGUCAAGGGGAGCUCCCGCACCACGCAGAGUUCCAUACAGUUUGAUCGUAGACGUGAGCACAAAGGCAGACUACCAGAAAAAGGCCGCCCUGCAACUGUAGCCAUUGUGUCUAGAGAUGGAAACCUGGUUUUGGGCUCAGAUGGCAAAAUGUACCAGCUUCAGAGAGGUCCACCUGGCCGAAUGGGUCCGCCCGGGCUGGAAGGUUGUCCUGGUGAGCCUGGCCUCCCUGGGUUUAAAGGUGAUAAGGGUAAGACAGGCCCUGAAGGAAGACAAGGAAAAAAGGGGGAGAGGGGACCUCCUGGACCGCCAGGUUUACCAACCCUCUACCUGUGGAGGAACACUGCUGAGGAAUGGGCUGCAUUCCAGCAAACCAGUUUCUACCAGUUGCUUGCUGCAGGUUGGCCUAGUAGAGAAGGCCCCACAGGACCACCUGGAGAAAUGGGCAGGCCUGGCAGACAGGGGCCACCUGGUGAACCCGGGGAGCGAGGAAGUCCAGGGAUGCCAGGAGAGAUGGGGGAUCGUGGUCCUCGUGGCCCUCCAGGACGAUCUGGGACUGCAGGGCGAGAUGGGGACAAUGGGGAAGAUGGUCAGCCGGGGUCACCUGGUGUUCCUGGAUCACAGGGCCCGUGGGGAUACAGGGGAGAGCGAGGACCUAAAGGGGAAAAAGGUGAUGAGGGUCUUACUGGCCCCAGAGGUCCAAGAGGUGAAAUUGGUGAACCUGGCGAGAAGGGUGGAACUGGUUUACCUGGUCCACAAGGCCCUGUUGGACCCCGCGGGCCUCAGGGAAUCCGAGGUGGCGCUGGGCCAGAGGGACCUCCUGGGCCUGAUGGGGAGAGUGGACUGGAUGGCCUCCCAGGUCUGCCAGGGCCACCGGGUGCACCAGGUGCCACAGGAGGAGUUGGCGCACAAGGAGUUAAUGGCUCAAGGGGGGACAUUGGACCUGCUGGCAGUGUUGGCCUUAAAGGCCCACAGGGGCCUCCAGGUUUCGAGGGACAGAUUGGACCUCCGGGACUCAGAGGACCGCAAGGGCAUCUAGGAUUGACGGGUUCUCCUGGCCCCAAAGGAGAUCCUGGGCCUGUGGGGCCUGUGGGGGCCCGGGGGGAUCCCGGCUCAGAGGGACCCAUGGGUGCACCAGGGAGAAAGGGUGAUGUGGGUUUUCCUGGAAGAACGGGUAACAGAGGACCAGACGGGGAAAAGGGUGAUCCAGGAGCUAAAGGCGACAGAGGUAUUCAGGGGGCAACAGGCGUGAGCGGUCCUCAGGGCGAGAGGGGCCUCGUUGGAUUCCCUGGUUUCCCAGGAGCCAAAGGCCAGCCCGGCCCUAAAGGCACUGAGGGCAUCGAUGGCGAAACUGGCCUCCAGGGAAAACAGGGCAGCCGUGGGUUAAAGGGAAACAGAGGACCAGAUGGACGUGAUGGCAAACCAGGACCCAGGGGGAACAAGGGUUUGACCGGACAAAGAGGCCAUCCUGGCCAACCAGGCCCACCGGGUUUGCCCGGGCCACCUGGAACAGAGGGAGCAGAAGGAAAGCCUGGGUCCCUCAGGUGCAGCUGGUGUUGCUGGUACUCUGGCUUCCUCCCACAGUCCAAAGACAUGCAGUUAGGGUUUCAAGGAAUUCCCGGAGUGAGAGGAACAGAUGGUGCACCAGGUUCUGCGGGGCCAACGGGGAAGACGGGGCCUCCAGGCUCACCAGGACCCCCAGGAGAAAGGGGUUUCACAGGGAAGCCAGGGUUGGAGGGACCUCAGGGCCCUGUAGGCAUGUAUGGUAUCCCAGGAACUUUGGGAAUGCGUGGGCCAACAGGUUUCACAGGACCGAGGGGGGAGCCAGGUUUACGAGGAUUACCCGGUCCUGUUGGGAAGCCAGGACCUCCAGGUUUGCAAGGUCCUCCUGGAGAGAAGGGACCCCGGGGACCACAGGGUCGUCCAGGAGAUGACGGGCCCAAAGGGAUACAGGGUCCACAAGGUCCUCCAGGUCUACCAGGUCCUGAUGGGGCAAUUGGAAAACCAGGACCAAUGGGAAGCAUAGGGCCUCCAGGACCUCAGGGACCACAGGGGCAGGCAGGAAUCCCAGGUCCGCAGGGUGCUGAUGGAUUAUCAGGGGAACCGGGGGAAAGAGGACCUAAGGGUUUACCUGGAUUACCUGGAGCAGCAGGCCCCAUGGGACGACAAGGACAGCAGGGUCCUCCUGGCCACACAGGAAUCGAGGGCCCACCUGGAAGGAAAGGAGACCAGGGGGAUUUAGGACCUUGUGGGAAACCUGGUUCCAAAGGGCCACCAGGAGAGAGGGGACCUCAGGGGGAAAAAGGCCUACAAGGACCAUCUGGACCAGUCGGUAAAGAGGGGGAUGUUGGACUUCCCGGUGAAGUUGGAGAUCCUGGACCCAAGGGGGAGAAGGGUGAACUGGGACCUCUUGGUUUGUCUGGUCGAGAGGGUCCCUGGGGACCCCUCGGAGAAAAUGGUGACAGGGGUCCAAAGGGGGAGAAGGGCCACUUGGGACUGAUGGGUGAACCAGGAAUGAUGGGUGAACUAGGCCCUGUGGGCCUGCCUGGGUUACUGGGAAUGACAGGUCCUCCAGGACGUCCAGGUCCCGAUGGACCUCAGGGAGAGAAGGGCGAGCAUGGGCCCGUAGGAAUUACUGGACCGCCAGGUUCAGGAGGCCCUCAGGGGAUAAUGGGGUCACGUGGUGUCAGAGGAGAUCCUGGGAGGCUCGGACCACCUGGUCCAGUAGGACAUGCAGGACCAAAGGGACACGAGGGAAGUAAAGGAGAACCUGGGGAACUGGGACUCAAAGGAGAGCCAGGACCUCCAGGACCACCAGGGGAGCCGGGCGAUGAUGGUCUUCCAGGAAUUCAGGGUCCUGAGGCUCUGCCAGGGUUAGAGGGGCCUCCCGGAGAGGUGGGACCCCAGGGUCUCCCAGGUCCUAUAGGUGUUCCUGGAGUUCAAGGAAGACUGGGACCUGAAGGCAAACAGGGCAUGAAGGGGGAGAAGGGAGAAGAAGGCAAGACUGGUUCACCAGGGAAGAGGGGUCAUGUUGGAAGGAGGGGAAAAAGGGGAAAGGCUGGAGUCAGAGGGCCCAGGGGAGAGAGAGGACCAAAGGGUGAAAAGGGAGACACAGGACCGGUGGGGCUCCCUGGAUGGUCAGGACUCAUUGGAAUCCCUGGCUUACGUGGAGAGUCAGGUGAUCAAGGUCAAAGGGGUGAAAAGGGUGACAAAGGAGACAUGGGACUGCCUGGACUACCUGGAGUUGAUGGCAUGAAGGGUAUCCGUGGUCCUGUUGGAUUGCCUGGUCCAGAGGGUCCAAAAGGGGAACAGGGAAACAUUGGUCUGCCAGGGCCCAGGGGCAUGUCAGGGAUGCCUGGAUUGCCUGGUUUGUUUGGAUUAAAGGGAUUGAAAGGCUACCAAGGUCUGCCUGGUCCACCUGGCAGGAAGGGGCUGCCGGGUCUACCUGGCAUUCCUGGACUUCCCGGAAAGUCACUGAACAUGACCUUGUCUCAGCUCAAGGACCUCAUGUACAUGUCAGAUAAGCCCAACUACCUUCUGAUCCAGACGUUGCUGGAUACUCUACAGGAGGAGCUUCGGCUGCUUUUGGAUCCUCCUGAUGGCAGCAAAGAGCAUCCAGCUACUACCUGUCUGGAGCUCUGGCUCUGUCACCCUGAAUACACCAGUGGAAUGUAUUACAUUGACCCGAACCAGGGCAGUCCUGCCGAUGCCCUGCUGGCUUACUGCAGCUUCUCUUCAACAUCAAAACAGACCUGCCUUCAUCCUCAAGACUCUCAGCUGCCAAUGAAAGCUUGGAUGGAGGACUUUUCCGAGGAAGGAUCUUUUCAGUGGCUCAGCAAGCUGGAUCAGGGAUUUCAGUUUUAUUAUCAAGGUGCUAAUGUGGUCCAGAUGCGCUUUCUGAGAUUGCACAGUGGCACAGCUGUACAGAAGGUUACCUACUCCUGCCAUCCAGGACACAGACUGGGCCCGGCCUACCAAGAUGUCAAAUUCCUCACUGACUCAAGGACACAAAGUUACCUUGGAGCAGUUCAACAUUGUGUGCCUGGAGAGGAGAUGGAGUCUGGUCCUCGGGAGUCUGUGCUGGAGUUUGAGGACCUCCAUCUCCUUCCUCUGAGAGACGUGGCACUAAUGGGAGGAGGAAACGUGACAUACCAGUUUGGCCUCACUGUUGGACCUGUGUGUUUCAGCUAGAGGUGGGAGAAAACUGUACCAUCCCGGAAGACUCUCAGGUCCAGGACACAAACUCUCUUUAAAUCAUGGACAAGUGGAACCUUCCAGUCUGUGAAGUUUUUGCUUCUUUAUCCUCUAGUGUUGGAGGAUUUUAUCCCUCAAGUUCAGUGACUUUGUAUGACUGAAUCUUUGAGGCCAAUAGUGCCCCCAGGCUUUUUUUCACGGAGAAGGCAAUUUCGUUUACAGAGACAUUAAAUAAUUUAAGUGUAUGUUUUUGUUUUUGUUUUUUUACAUGCAUCCUUUAUACAGUGUUUUGUUUUUUGUUAUGCAGUUAUGCAGGGAUAGUGUUACAGCUUGCUCACUGUAUAUAUAAAACGUCAGACUGUCCUAACUGAUGUCUAUAACAAUGUGUUAUUUACAGGGACACGGCUUCUGUUGUCCCAUCGUUCUGUAAAGCUCUCACUGUAAAUCCACUAUUCUAGUACUGUAAGUGAACCUAGGUGUCAUUUUUCUCAAGGUGCUAAUUUUAUUCAAAAGACCACCAUUUAUUUAAUACAAAAACCAAUAGAAAGGGACAGUUAUAUUACUUGAUUUUAUCUGUCUGUUGUCAACAAGACCAACUGUUUUCAUCUCUUGAAAUACAAAUUAUUGUUGAUUGUU